CCGUAACGUGAUGAAUUAGUGAAUUAAAUGAGGAAAAAAAGGCCAAGAAUUCAAAGUCUAUCACUCUCCCUCUCUGCUUAAAAUUCAAGCAGUCUUUCGUGCGUAUAUAUAAAUAUAAGUUAUUCCUUCUCUCUCUGAUUUCUCUCUCUAAACUGUUUGCUCACUACAACAAACAUAAAACCCUUCCCCGCUCCCUUCUUUCUCUUUUUUUUUCUCUCUCUAGAAGCUUCGCCUUUUCGUUUAAUCUCUCUCUUAGGGUUUGGUGGUAGUAGUAGUGGAAGCAGCUAGGGUUUUGUGUGGGUUUAAAAUCAGUAGUAAUGACUUCUUUGGUUAUGGCGGCAGAGAAAUUUAGGGAUUUAAGUCAGGCGAUUGAUGUUCCUUUACUUGAUGCUACUGUUGCUGCCUUCUAUGGCACUGGAUCUAAAGAAGAGAGGGCAGCUGCCGAUCGCAUUUUGCAGGACUUGCAAAGCAAUCCAGAUAUGUGGCUUCAAGUGGUGCACAUUCUACAAAAUACAAAGAACCUAAACACCAAGUUCUUUGCCUUGCAGGUCCUAGAGGGUGUUAUAAAAUAUAGAUGGAAUGCAUUGCCUGUUGAACAACGAGAUGGAAUGAAAAAUUAUAUUUCAGAAGUCAUUGUACAGCUUUCAAGUAACGAGGCGUCUUUUCGAAUGGAAAGGCUGUAUGUAAACAAGCUCAAUGUUACUUUGGUCCAGAUUCUCAAGCAUGAGUGGCCAGCUAGGUGGCGAAGCUUUAUUCCUGAUCUUGUUGCAGCGGCAAAAACUAGUGAAACUAUAUGUGAGAAUUGCAUGGUUAUAUUGAAACUUCUAAGUGAAGAAGUUUUUGAUUUCUCACGAGGAGAGAUGACUCAACAGAAGAUCAAAGAGCUUAAACAAUCAUUAAACAGUGAGUUUCAACUCAUCCAUGAGUUAUGCUUAUAUGUCCUAUCAGCCUCCCAAAGAACCGAGCUUAUUCAAGCAACAUUGUCCACCUUGCAUGCUUUUCUUUCUUGGAUUCCCCUGGGCUAUAUUUUUGAAUCUCCCCUGCUUGAAACACUUCUGAAAUUUUUUCCCAUGCCAUCUUAUCGGAACCUUACCCUUCAGUGUUUGACAGAGGUUGCGGCUCUUAAUUUUGGGGAUUUCUAUAACAUGCAGUACAUUAAGAUGUAUAAUUUUUUCAUGGUCCAGUUACAGGCCAUUCUUCCAUCAACCACCAAGAUCCCAGAGGCUUAUGCAAAUGGAUCUAGUGAAGAACAAGCAUUCAUUCAGAAUCUGGCACUGUUUUUCACUUCGUUUUACAAGUCUCAUAUUCGGGUGCUGGAGUCUUCUCAGGAGAAUAUAUCUGCUCUGCUAAUGGGUCUUGAGUAUCUAAUUAAUAUCUCAUUUGUUGAUGACACUGAGGUUUUUAAGGUUUGCUUGGACUAUUGGAACUCCUUGGUUUUGGAGCUUUUUGAGCCACACCAUAAUUUGGACACUCCUGCAGCCACUGUAAACAUGAUGGGAUUGCAGACUCUGAAUUCUCGGAAUCUGCAGAUGCCUUUGCUACAUGGCAUGGUUGAUGGUUUAGGGUCACAAAUUUUGCAGAGGAGGCAGCUUUAUGCUGCUCCAAUGUCCAAAUUGAGAAUGCUUAUGAUCUGUCGCAUGGCUAAACCCGAGGAGGUUCUGAUAGUUGAAGAUGAAAAUGGUAAUAUUGUUCGUGAAACCAUGAAGGACAAUGAUGUUCUUGUUCAAUAUAAGAUUAUGAGAGAAACAUUAAUCUAUUUGUCACAUCUUGAUCAUGAGGAUACUGAAAAGCAGAUGUUGAAGAAAUUAAGUAAACAACUGAGCGGUGAAGAUUGGAACUGGAACAACUUAAACACUUUAUGCUGGGCAAUUGGAUCCAUUUCUGGUUCCAUGAUGGAGGAACAGGAAAACCGAUUUCUUGUGAUGGUCAUUCGUGAUUUGCUGAAUUUAUGUGAAAUCACGAAAGGGAAGGAUAACAAAGCUGUUAUUGCGAGUAACAUCAUGUAUGUCGUUGGCCAGUACCCAAGAUUUCUCAGAGCUCACUGGAAGUUCCUGAAAACUGUUGUCAAUAAAUUGUUCGAAUUUAUGCAUGAAACUCAUCCUGGAGUUCAGGACAUGGCCUGUGACACAUUCUUGAAAAUUGUCCAGAAAUGCAAGCGGAAAUUUGUUAUUGUACAGGUUGGAGAAAGUGAGCCAUUUGUAUCUGAACUUCUAUCUGGCCUUCCAACAACUGUUGCUGAUCUCGAGCCACAUCAGAUACAUACAUUUUAUGAAUCUGUUGGCCAUAUGAUUCAAGCAGAAUCUGAUCUACAGAAGAGAGAUGAAUACAUGCAGAGGUUGAUGGAUCUCCCUAACCAGAAAUGGGCUGAAAUUAUAGGACAGGCACAUCAAAGUGUAGAUUUUCUGAAAGAUCAAGAAGUGAUCAGAACUGUGCUUAAUAUAUUGCAGACCAAUACAAGUGUUGCAAAUUCUCUUGGGACAUACUUUUUAUCUCAAAUUUCUCUUAUAUUUUUGGACAUGCUUAACGUGUACAGAAUGUACAGUGAGCUUAUAUCAAGCAGUAUUGCAGAAGGAGGGCCUUAUGCAUCUAAAACAUCCUAUGUGAAACUUUUGCGGUCUGUUAAGAGGGAGACACUUAAGCUCAUCGAGACAUUUUUGGACAAGGCCGAAGAUCAACCACAAAUUGGGAAGCAGUUCGUGCCCCCAAUGAUGGAUCCUGUUCUUGGUGAUUAUGCUAGGAAUUUGCCAGAUGCUAGGGAAUCAGAAGUUUUGUCACUUUUUGCAACAAUUAUAAACAAGUACAAAGCUGCAAUGAUAGAAGAUGUACCUCGAAUAUUUGAAGCUGUUUUCCAGUGUACAUUGGAGAUGAUAACCAAAAAUUUCGAGGAUUAUCCAGAACAUCGCCUUAAGUUCUUUUCGUUACUUCGUGCCAUCGCUGCACAUUGUUUCCCUGCCUUGAUUCGUUUGUCUAGUGAGCAACUGAAGCUUGUGAUGGAUUCAAUUAUAUGGGCAUUCCGUCAUACAGAGAGGAAUAUAGCUGAGACUGGUCUAAACCUAUUGUUGGAGAUGCUGAAGAACUUUCAGGCGUCUGAGUUCUGUAAUCAGUUCUACAGGUCAUACUUUUUGACAAUUGAGCAGGAAAUAUUUGCUGUAUUGACAGAUACAUUUCACAAACCUGGUUUUAAGUUGCAUGUUUUGGUGCUACAACACUUAUUUUGCUCGGCGGAGAGUGGUGCUUUGUCAGAGCCUCUGUGGGAUACUACAACAGUCCCUUAUCCAUAUUUGAAUAAUGCUAUGUUUGUUCGUGAGUACACCAUUAAACUUCUGGGCACAUCAUUCCCUAACAUGACUGCAUCAGAGGUCACUCAAUUUGUUAACGGACUAUUUGAGUCAAAAAACAACCUGUCCAUAUUCAAGAAUCACAUUCGAGACUUUCUCGUGCAAUCAAAGGAAUUUUCUGCUCAGGAUAAUAAAGAUCUCUAUGCAGAAGAGGCUGCUGUUCAGAGGGAAAGGGAGCGACAAAGAAUGCUUUCCAUUCCAGGGCUUAUUGCCCCUAAUGAAAUACAAGAUGAGAUGUUAGAUUCUUAGAGAGCUAUUUUUGCAGCAGAAGCUAAUUUCAUGAAUACAACUCGCGGGGAGUUGCUGUGGGCGUCUUGAUUUGUUUACCUGGCAGUGGAUAUGAACAGGUACAGCAUUUUUUUCCCUUGAUUCUCCAAAGUUUUCCUUUGUGUUGAACCAGGUACAUCACAAAGGUGCCUUGCUUUGGAGGUUUGGCAGCUGGCUAUAGUGCCUAUAUAUCUAGUAGCUAUGCUGGGUGUAGAAUAUUUAGGGGCUGAUGUAGGAAUAUGUUGAGUCAUUUUACGGUUUGUGAAUCCAGCUUGAGACUUCUCACGAUGAUGGAUGGGAUCAAACUGUUUAAAUGACUCCUGAAUUGUUGAUUGAUUCAUCCUAGUGCAUGCUAAUGUUGGCGAGUUGUGCAGGAAUUGUUUUGUUGGGAAUUCUGUUUUCGAGAUUUUUAUUUAUAGUUCCCGACUUCAUCAAAA